CUGUAAUUAGGAUUUGGGUUCUUUUCUUCUGCACUCUGAAGCUGAGCUCCCUUCUCUCAGAGAGGAUCUAAAGUACUUUUGUCCACAUUCUUAGGCAUUUAAGACUUGAUCCAUGGGGAGCAUUCAAGGAGUUUCUCUGUUUCUUCUGGGGGUGACUUUGUCACUACUUCCAAGUCCUGUCCAGGGUGGAAAGAUUCUGGUGUUCCCCGUUGAUGGCAGCCAUUGGGUGAACAUGAAGCUCCUGAUCCAGAGCCUCCACGCCAAAGGCCAUGAAGUCACUGUGGUCCGCACAGCCACUAGCUGGUAUGUCAAAGAAGAGGCACCACAUUACAGCUCCAUCACUGUCACCUUACCAGAGGCUGUCUGCAUAGAGGAGCAGGACUUCUUUGUAACUUUCCUGGUCAAGAUACUGGAGAUCAAAAAACAAGGGGCAUCUUUGAUGGCCUUCAUGAAGUUUUACUGGGAAAUUAUAGGUUCAUUAUCAAAAAUCCACCAACAAGCUAGUCUGUUAGGUGUAGAAAUAUUUGAGAACAAGACUCUAAUGUCGAAGAUACGUGACUCUAAUUUUGACCUGGUUCUUGUGGACCCUGGACUUCCUGUUGGAGUUAUAGUGGCCCACAAACUAAAGCUUCCAGUUGUUUUUAACGUCAGAUGGAUCACCAGUGGGGAAGGUCAUUUUGUGGUUGCUCCAUCACCAACGUCAUAUGUCCCAACUUCUGGAAAUGCCGUUUCUAAUAAGAUGACCUUUUUUGAAAGAGUCAAAAACACAUUCCACUACUUCCUCAACACCUGCAUUGACAAGUUUAUAGUGUGUCCUCCCUAUGAUAGAAUGGUAGAAAAGUACUUAGGCCCAGAUGUGAACUUCUAUCAGCUUCUUCAAGGAGUAGACCUGUGGCUCAUGAGAGUGGACUUUGUCUUCGAAUUCCCCAGGCCUACCAUGCCGAACAUGGUCUACAUUGGAGGAUUUCAGUGUAAGCCUGCUGAGGCCUUACCUUCAGAGUUGGAGGAGUUUGUUGAAAGCUCAGGAGAACACGGCUUCAUCCUGAUGUCUCUGGGGACAUUGGUGAAUGGUCUGCCAAUAGAAAUAACUUCAGAAAUCGCAGCUGCCUUUGCUCAGCUUCCUCAAAAGGUCGUAUGGAGGCACGCUGGUGAACGCCCCAACAAUGUGGGGAACAAUACCCUUCUGGUGAAAUGGAUGCCCCAAAACGACCUGCUGGGUCACCCAAAGAUAAAAGCCUUUGUGGCUCAUGGUGGCACCAAUGGGAUCUAUGAGUCCAUGUACCAUGGUGUGCCAAUUAUUGGCAUUCCCCUGAUGUUUGACCAGUUUGAAAACAUUUUGCGAAUGGAAGUUCGAGGAGCUGCUAAAAUGGUGGAUGUAACAAAAAUCACCCAGCAGAAUUUCCUCAAAGUCCUACAAGAAGUUCUUAACAAUCCCUCCUACAGAAACAACAUGAAGCGUCUGUCUGCUCUCCACCGAGACAGACCAAUGCAUCCUCUGGAUGCUGCAGUUUACUGGAUUGAGUUUGUUAUGAGACACAGAGGAGCUGCACAUUUACGCACCGAGUCUUAUAAGAUGCCCUGGUAUGUGUAUCAUUCUGUGGAUGUUAUAUGCUUUUUGUUGGCCAUCUUGUUUAUGCUGACAGCCUUUGUAGUCGCAGUCAUACGAUUCACGUGCCUUCGAAUGUGCAGGAGGAGGAAACCAAAGCAAGAGUGACUCCUUGAAUGAAGAUGGAUUCAAUUAAAACGUUGUAUUGAUAUUCUAGAUUUUUCUUGUCUUUACCCAAUCAUACGACUAACCCAAGAUUUCUCUUGGGUUAGUCGUUCUUUACUGCUACCUAAAAGGAACAAAUAAUGAACAAAGCCAGCCACGACAUUCUGUUGCAGUUAUAUCUCUUGGCUUUCCUGGGAACACCUUGAUGUUCCCCUGGACAAGCUGGAGGAGGUAGCUAGGAAGAGAGGUCUGGGCUUCUCUGCUUAGGCUUCUGCCCACCACGACCUGGCCCCAGCUGUUAUAAAAUGGAUGGAUGGAAAGUAAAAAGUAAAUAUGGAACACAAUAAAAAAACAACCUUACACUAACUUAUUCUCCAAAGAUCCUGCAUAUAGGGACAGAGCAUUUGGCUUUUUGGCCUGUUCCAUAAAAUACAAAGGUUUUAGGACUGUCUAUUUGAUUCAAAUCACUCUGGUGCUGUCACUGUCACUUAAUGCUAAUACAAAGUAAGUGAUGCAAUAUUAAACUUCCAAUGGUGAGCAAUAUAUGACUAUGAAAAGAAAUAUUUCAUAGUCAGAUUUUCUUCAUAUUUUGCUAGGGACAUAUCAAAAGCUUAGUGAAAUGUGCAAACAAUAAUGAAAAUACAGAAUAUAUACAGCCUGCCUUAUAGCAGCCCCAAACCAGGCCCAUGACUGUACCUCCACAAUGUUUUAUAGUUGGCUGUAGACACUGUUCUACCUCGUUCCACAUCCCCUUCUUUACUUACAGCAGAACCAAAAGUUGCCACUGAUUUUCCGUCUAAUUUUUGUGUAAUUUGGGACACGUCAGCUUUCUCUCCCUGUUUCCCGUCCUUGUAAAUGGCUUCUUAACAGCCACCCUUCAACUUGGGACCAUUUCUGAUGAUAGAUUUUUAGGUCUGAUACUUCAUUGUUUGUCUUCGCUUGCCCAGUUUCUUCAAAUUUUUUAAGAACACACUGCACAACAUGACAAGAUAUGUCAGGUUUUCAGCUAAUAACUCUUUGGAUAUCCCUUUGUCCGUGCGAAAAUACUAAACUGGACUGAAAAUGAGUGAAAAAGCAGCUGAAGAAAAAUACAAAAGCCUGGAGAACUAUCGGUCAACACCACUUCAAAUUACAAAAAAGCCUUGCUCCUUGGAAUCAAAAUACAAAGAGAUGAAGGGUGGCUCAAGAGUUUUGGACAGUACUGUGGCAACCAAACACGAGAGAAAGUAGUCUGUUAAAUGUGAAAAUUUGACUUUUAUGGAUCUGACUGACUUUCAAUGUUCUGUUCAAUAAGAGUCAAAACGACCAGCUAAGCUCAUCACUAAAGGUUUUAUAGUAGCCAAUCUCUGUUUCCCCACAGAACUCACAUUUAAGGCAUUUCUGAAUGGUCACACAUCUGUGUUCAGCCUGUGUUUAUAACCGCACAAACAGCAAAUGCACCUCAUGCUCAAUGUUUCAGUAAUUUUACAAUACAGUAGUGUCAAGCUGUUUAGUAAGUCAUUGGGUCUUGUCUAAAAUAACUAUCUGAAACAAAACACAAGCCUUGCUGCGAGCAGUUGCAUAAAGGAACUAUAUUCUUUCUACUGUUUACAUCUACUAACCAAUAGAAGUGUGGAGCCAGCUAACAUUACAGAGGAAGUACAAGCUUAUCUACCCAGAACCAUCCUUUGUUCUUGAAUAAACACAAGGUUUGUGGAUUAUUUUUAGUAAAUGGGUUAUAAUUUAUUGCUGUUUUUCAAAUGCAUUUUCAGCCAUGUUAGCCUCAGACUGAAGGUAGAUGGAUAAAAGGAGACGAAUAUGUACAUUUGACUAUCAUAUUUACAUUUAAUAAAUGCUGGAAAGCUGAGUGCUCGGUUACUGUUAAUGUAGAAUUUUGACAUAGAAUCAGUGAGUGUGUAAUUUGUAAGCCAUGAGUGUGUUUUUAGCACUGUUACUGUGAACUGAUAUGUAGUUCUGAUGUUUAACAAGCUAUAGAAAAACUGAAUAAUUUACCUUAUUUUUAAUGUUCUUUCAAUAUUUAUGUGAUGCAAAUGUAUGUUG